AGCAGGAGCUGGCUGGAGUCAGUGCCUCGUCCGCAGCAGCAGCAGCAGCAGCAGCAGCAGCAGUACGGGCUGGCUGGGGCUUAGAGGAUGUGAGUGCUGCUGGGACCCUGCGGGGAAGGAGGGAUGGAGACGGAGAAGAGGAAGGAUUGAGGUGGAAGUGAAGAUGAAGAACGACAUGAGCGCGUCCGAGAGGUGAAUUUCACCUGCGGAGAAGAAAGACGAGGACAAAGAGCUGCAGGCAGCUCUGUGUGAGCGAGGGCGAUUCCCCCCACCUCUCGCAGACCCUCAGUCAAGAUGUACGCCUUCUACUCGCUGCUGGUCUAUAUCUUCUACACCGUCUUCAAGAAGGAGGAGGAGGAGGAGGAGGAGGCACUGGAAGGGGCAUGUGGACACUCCCCAGAGUAUGAACAGCAGCCUGGCCGUGUUUCCAUGGAAACAGGGAGCAGGAGGAGAGGAGGCCCCACCCCCAGGAUGGGGAAAAGGGGUUGGUGCAGACAGAAUGAGUCCAGUAGCAGUAGUGACAGUGAUAGCCUCUCUCUCAGUGAGGAAGACGAUGAUGGGGGCGAAGACCUGGCACUGCCAGCCAAAACCCCCUUGGCGGCCUUCCUGUCAUUUAAGCAGGAGGCGGAGAAGAGAAGAGCCUCCACAGUGCAACUGGAAGUGGGAGAAAAGGUGAGUGAGUCUCCUCUGGUUGCUGUGAUGUCCCACCUGCUGAGCUUCCUGGAGCAGUACUCGCACCUGCAGCAGCUGCAGCAGCAGGCGGAGCAGUACCGGCUGCAGCUGCGCAGGCACCGCGUGCAGCACCGCAGACACAUGAAGGCCCUGCGCACCCACUACCGCCAGCGCCUGCAUGACAAGAAUAGCAUCAUCAGCAGCCUGGAGGAGGUCAUCAGCCAGCAGCCCAGCCCCACCACUGAAGGUUUGGGUGUGGAUGCGUGUGGAGGUGGAGGGAAGGCAGGCCUGCACACGCUGGUGGAGUCUCUGUGUGGGCUGCAGGGGGAGCGCUCCCAGCUGAGGGGCGAGCUCAGGAUGCUGCACUCCCAGCUGGAGCAGAAGGAGCUCGACCGCCACGCCAAGGUCCAGGCCUUCCAGCAGCAGAUUGAUGAGCUGAAGAGCUGCAUCGAGGAGCGAGAGGAGGAGCUGACCCGUCUGAGGACUGCAUCUGGGGCGACGGACUCGGAGAAGCGCGUGCUGUGUCUGUCGGCAGAGAACGACAGUCUGAAGCACAGCCUGAGCGUCACACAGGGCCUCCUGCAGCAGCUGUCGGUCAUCCCCAACCAGUCCAGCAACGUGCUCAUGAAGGAGAAUGAGAACCUGCGCAGCCGAGUCCUGCAGCUGGAGAGCACCCUGCAGCAGCGGGCCGAGCAGCUCUCGCGUCUGGAGCGUCAGAGCGAGCAGACCGAGUGGAGGAGAGGGGAGGAGCUGAGGAGCCGCGACGAGAGGCUCAAGGAGCUGCAGCUGGAGCUGGACAGGGAGCGCAGCAAGGAGCCGCCGGUCAAGUAUGUCACUCAGACUGUGGAGGUGGAGUCUCAGGCAACUCUAAGGCAGUUGGCCGAAACCAGGCAGAAGAAUGAACGACUGACAAAGAAGCUGUCCAAUCAGAAUGAACGGUGUAAGCAGCUGGAAGAACACAUUAGACGGUCCGAUGAAGUCAGCUGCAAUUUGCAACAUAAGAUUGCAGCGUACGAGCGGGAGAUUAACACUCUCCGUGAGGAGCUGCUGAAGGAGAUCGGCCACCUGGAGAAGAAGAAAGAGGAGGCUGUUAAAGCUGCGGCUAACUGCUCUGAAGAGCAUCUGCAGACCAUGCAGGAGGAGUUCAUCACCCUGCAAAGGCGCCUAAGUGCCCUUCCUCCUACCCUGCGCUCCAUGAAGACGGACUACGCCAGCCUGAGGACUCAGGUUCGCAACUUCUCGGAUUUUUAUGGAGCCGCCAUCAAAGAGGCCAAGAAACAGAUAACAGCAGCCAUCAGUGAGAUGUCGGAGGCCAACAAAGACCUGCUGGAGAAGUACAGGAAGGAGGUGGCUCUGCGCAGGAAAUACCACGAGCAGCUUGUGGAGCUCAAAGGAAACAUCCGUGUGCUGUGUCGUGUGAAGCCUGUUCUAAAGGAAGACCAACAUGAGGAGGGCCAGGGCGUGGUGGUCACCACAGAUCCCCACAACGAGUCGGCCCUCACCGUGGUGAACAAGGGCAAAGGUCGCGGUUUUGAGCUGGAUAAAGUGUUCCAUCCUCAGGCAACUCAAGAGGAGGUGUUUCAGGAAAUCGAGCCCCUUGUGACAUCCUGCAUCGAUGGAUAUCAUGUCUGUAUCUUUGCGUAUGGACAGACUGGAUCAGGAAAAACAUAUACUAUGGAGGGCACGUCAGAGAACCCUGGCAUCAACCAGCGUGCCCUGAAGCACCUCUUCAACGAGAUCGAGGAGAGGAAGGACAUGUGGGAGUACACAGUCAGUGUCACCUCGGUAGAGAUCUACAACGAGGUCCUCAGAGACCUGUUAAGUAAAGAUGGAGAGAAGCUGGACAUCAAGAUGAAUCCAGAUGGGUCUGGUCAGCUGCAUGUCCCCGGCCUCAGAGUCAUCGAGGUCAAAAGCUUUCAGCACAUUAAGAAGAUUCUUGGAAUGGCCCGUCGCAAUCGGAUUACAUUUGGCACACAGAUGAACCAGCACAGUUCGCGAUCUCAUGCUCUCCUCAUGAUUACUGUGCAGGGGAUAGACCUCGCCACCGGCACCAAGACGACGGGUAAGCUGAACCUGGUGGAUCUGGCCGGGUCUGAGCGCGUGUGGAAGUCUGGAGCGGAGGGCGAGCGGCUGAAGGAGGCCCAGAACAUCAACCGCUCCCUGCUGUCCCUGGGAGACGUCAUCCAGGCCCUGAGGGGCCGGCAGACCCACAUCCCCUUCAGGAACUCCAAACUCACCUACCUACUGCAGGACUCCCUCGGCAAAGGAAACAAGACGGCCAUGGUUGUGCAGGUGUCGGCUCUGGAGAGUAACGUUGGUGAGACACUCUGCUCUCUGAAGUUUGCUCAGCGGGUUUGCAAGGUGGAGCUGGGCCCUGCAGCCCGGAAGAUUGAGGCAGGUGAAAAGAUUAGCGAAAACUACUGUUGAGAUCACGAGGUUCAACAUUCAGUGCAGGUCUGUUCCUCUGUUUCCAAGUCAUCCGUGAGGGGUCUGUGUCUGUCUUGUGCGAAGGGCUAUGGUCCACAGCACAGUCCCUCAUAAGGCACCAGGCAGCAUGAGCUGUUCUGAUAGGUCAAGCCUCACCUCCUGCUCUCGGUUUCCGAAAUGGCUUCUCUCCCCACCAACUGCUCUGCAUGUCAGCUCAGACUGCCAUAAUCUCAGGCCCCUGGUGCCAUUCUCACCUGGACAGUUGUUUACCCAAACCACAAUGAGCUGAUGGUCAGGAAAAUAGCCAGGGACAGUCUAGAUCACAACCAUAUAGAGGGAGAGGAGAGAGGCAUGACAGCACUGUGUCUUUUGCCUUCACUUCUCAGAGAUCAAACAAUGCAGCAUUUAUCAUCUGUUCUAUCACAUCUCUGUUUAUAUCUACAUGCAACAUGCUAAGCUAGUCUUUGAAAUGCAUAUAUUUAAAAAGUAAUAACCACUAUUUAGAAAAAAUGUAGUCUUAUCCAUUGAGUUUAUUGGUGACUGUUAUGGUAGCCAUGUUAAAUUACUUCACAUUCUAAUGCUGUGUAACAACACAAGAUAUAACAGGAAUUCCUGAAUGUUUAUAAUUGUUAUGAUUAAGGAUAGAACAUAAGAGUUUGUGAAAUUACUGAUCUUUGGCAAAUGAUUGCAUUUAACUUGACACGGGGGGCCCUAAUUUGAAUGAAGGGUUAUAUGUGCAAAGCCUUAAGUCUAACUAAAGCCAAGUAAAUAUUUAGGAAAGGUCAACUUCCUAAUUUAACAUCAUGGGCAAGACCUUAAGCGAAAACAUCAAAAAGUCAGCUCAGUGCUCCCAUAUGCCACACGAUGGCUGUAAUUCAUACAAAGAUACUUUGCUUGUUGACAGACUUUGCCUGCCUUUUAAAUGGGGGUCUAGGGUGCUUCAUAAAUAUAGCUCGUGUAGAUUAAUGUAGUAUGCCCUUUGUCCACCACACACUGCUUUAUAUGGUAUCAUGUGCAAUAGUACCAUGUCAGAAUGUGAAAUUAAAAUGCUGAAGAGAUUUAUAAUGUCUGUACUGUUGGGGCUGGCGGAGCACUUUAGGCCAAGUCGUGUGUGUUCAGGUUGUUUGGGCAUAUUUCAGCUGUUUUUGUCACAAUUCUUAUUAUUCUCUCUCUCUCUCUCUCUCAUUUGUGCCAGUUUGAAGCUGUAGACAUCUGACCUUUAGGCACCAUUGCAUCAAAGGGGUUUUAGAUAAUGCUUCUUCAUUUAAAGUGAAAGUGAGUAAGGUAAUACAGAAUGUCUUUUGGUGCCCUAUUGUAGAGCAGACAGGUGGAAGUGUUAAUUUACAAAUGGAUAAACAUUUAGGGAUCCCGAUUACAUUAAAAGAACCCUUUAUUAGUAGCUACAGUCAGAGAGAACUGUGUGAUGUUCACUCACAAGUAUGUGUUUGAAACAAAUCCUGUUUUGUACUCCAGCAGCUUGUCAGUAUCAUGACUUUGGAACCUUCCAGAUAACCUGUACUAGUGGCUACAGAGAAAAAUAAACAAACCAAAUGGAUUCA